AUGAUCAACUUCAACGUCUCUGCGUCUUUCAAUGUCAUAAAGAUCUUAUUCAAGCCGGGCAUCUGUCUCCCGCAUCACACUGUGCCGAACUUUGGCGAGUUGCCCAUUCCCCUUGAUAAGGGGUUUCGGAGCAGCGGGUACAAUUCGCAGGUCAAAGCAGUGGUCUUGGACAAGGAUGACUGCUUCGCCUAUCCAGAGACGAACGAGGUGUACCAGCCGUAUCAGGAACAUUUCGAGGCGCUGAGGAGGGCGUAUCCUGGGCGCAAACUCCUCAUUGUCUCCAACACAGCCGGCGCGAAGAGCUGGGAUCGCAGGGGAAUUCAGGCUGUCGAUGUUGAAUCCGCGACGGGCAUCACCGUGCUUCGCCAUGCCGUGAAGAAGCCUGGGUGCGGCGCAGAGAUCAUGGACUACUUCAAGCAGCACCCCGAAACGGGCGUGACGCACCCGUCCCAAGUCGCCAUCGUAGGUGACCGCCUGACCACCGACAUGAUGCUCGCCAACAUGAUGGGUGCAUGGGGCGUAUGGGUGAAGGAUGGAGUAAAGCCGUUGAAGCAGAAGAGCAUUGUAAGCUUUGCCAAUGACCUGCCCGGCCCACGUCGUCCCAAUUUCACCGGCUGA